AUGGAUGUUGUAGCAUUAGCCAAGACAAGAAUUCAUGGAAAAGGGAAUUUUGCAGAGAAAUCUGCUGGAUAUCAUUUAUUUUGGAGUGGUCGGGAUGAGAUUGUUUUUGAUCCAACUUCAUCAAUGGUUACUUCACUUUAUAGCAAGGUUGGCACAGAAUUACUAACAAAUCCUAGAGAUAUUGUUAGGAAAUGGAAAGAGCAUUUUGAUGUGUUGCUCAAUAGACCCACUGAAGUUGAUCUCUUUGUUCUUGAUAAUAUACCUGAAAGGCCAACAAAACAUCAUUUAGUAGAGGUUCUGAAUCUGGCUGAAAUAGGAGUGGCUAUCAGGAAAUUGAACAAUGGAAAGGCCCCAGGUAUGGAUGGAUUAGGUGCAGAGAUAUACAAUUAUGGUGGUAAACAUCUCUGUACAAUGUCGACAGAUGUGAUUCAGAGGGUUUGGUAUAGUGAAGUGGUUCCUCGGGAUUGGUGUUAUACAAUUUUGGAGGUACUCUAUAAAUCAAAAGGUGGAAAGGAUUUCUGCAAUAAUUGUUGUGGCUGGCAAAAUCCUUUGUAG